UAUUAGACUGGGAAUCAAUUGUAUUUGUCAACUGAGAUCGCAAAAAUCUUCACAAACUCGGCAGGAUUAUACAACGGCAAGUCACUAGCCUUAACUUGAUUUAUUGACUCCAGAUAUCACCAACAUGUCUACCAAUGGAUCACCGGCGGUGAAUGAUGACGGCAAGCACAGGAACCCUCGCGUGAUGAUGUGGUGCGUGCCACGGUCGGUAUCGACGGCAAUGACGAAAUGUAUGAGCUUCGUCAAGGGCGCCGAAGUCUGGCUCGAACCGUACGUCAUCAGCAAGGCCGCCGACGAUGUCCAUCACAUUCGCCAUCCCGACAGCAGCUUCCCGUUGGAGCUGGAGGGCAACGAGGACUCGUUCAGAGAAACUGCGAUAAACUUGACGCUUGGAGGAGAUGAUUUCGAUCGGGAUCACCUCGACUUGUUAUCGCCGGUGACAUUAAAACGCAUAUUCGAUAAUUUGGAUCCUGCUAAAAAAUUUGUCUUCAUCAAAGACAUGGCGGUGGGGAUGCCACCGAGUCGUUAUCCGUACCUACCCGACCGAUCAAGUGGUAUCAAGCACUUCUUCCUCAUCAGACAUCCUGUCAAAGCCUACAAGUCAUUGCGCAAAGGUCUGCUCAAUUUCCUUCUCACCUCUGAUCCUGCGUUUCUUCAAGAUGCGGGAAUUAAAAUGCCCGAUGAGAAGACUUUCCAUAUCAUCAAGGACUUACCUCCGCCGCGGGAAGGAACGCAGUACAACUACCAGGCCAUUCACGAGCUCUGGAGCUACAUCAGGAAGACGGUGGAUAAGGACCCGGUGAUUGUAGACAUCGAUGAGGUCCUGGAGAACCCGUCGGCGAUGAUGCCGCGAUUGUGCAACGCGCUGGCGAUCCCGUACUCUAAGAGUCUGCUGUCGUGGGACGCGUCGUCCGACGUCGUCCUGAAGUGGAAGAGCUCGUGUUCGAACGUCCGUGAUUCUCCCAGGUACGCCAUGUGGUUCACCAAUGCCUUCAAGAGCUCGUGUUUCAAGGCGUCGUCGACCACGGCAUCCCUCGAUGACGCCACUGAUGAUAUCAAAGAGGUUGUCGAAAAAGAAAUGCCUUUCUAUGAGGAGAUGUAUAAUCUAAGAUUAACCAUUUAAUGACGUUUUCUAAUGGUAUCCCAGCUUGCCUAUAAUGUCCUGGCUGGUAUAAAAGUGCAGGUCAGGACAACUACACCACUUGGACCCGACCCAGAUAUCUACCUCGGAUAUACAACUCCCAUUGUAUAUAUCCCGGAUAAAUGGUAAUUAUGAUAGAGAUCUUAAUAUGUUAGAAGGAUCUCUACGUCAUAAAAGUUCCUUCAACUACAGGUGCAUACGUAUUCACGCAUCAAAACUAUCUCUCUCAGUAUGCUAUGCGAGAACUAAAUAUCUCCCUCUAUAGCGACCCGAGAACAACAUCAGAGAUAUCAGUCUAUACAAAGUCCAACGAAACUUUA